AGUCGGAAGGCUGGGCAGUCGCCAGCUGUGUGAAGUCUUAGAAGAUUAAGUGCUGGUCUGCGCCUGGGAGAGGGUAACUCUGGACAAAUGGAAAAGCUGGUUGCUUGUGUACAGAAAAAGCCAGAUGCUAUUUGUAGACUGAUUUGCUUUCCAUGGGCUGGAAGUGGAACUUCAAAAUUAGCUAAAUGGGGCAGACUCUUCAACGACUCAAUUGAAGUGUUCUGUAUAAGGCUUCCUGGAAGAGAAACUCGUCUUGAGGAGCCUUUUCCAAAAGACAUGACAAGUGCAGUUAAUGAAAUUAUAAGUGUUUUGUUAGAAAAAUUGAAAGAAAAACCAUUUGCAUUUUUUGGUCACAGUUUUGCAACUUACCUGAGUUUUGCCGUUGCACUUCAGCUGAAAGAAAAGUACGGACUGGAGCCAGUCCAUCUUUUCAUGUCAGGAGCACAUGCCCCAAAUUCUGCAUCAUUUCUUGCCAUCAAAAGCCUGAUCCCACCUGAUGAAAUCGAUGACCUUCUCAUACUGAUGAAGAUUGUAGGAGGAAAUUCUGAGUUUCCAUCUGAUGAAGACAGUUGGACAGAUACGGUGCUUAGAGAAGAUGCUAGAAUUCUUCACACGUUUUCAUUUGAGAAGACAGACAUGACUAGCCCCUUCUCCUGCGAUAUUACCUACUUUUCUGGGUCUGAUGAUAAAAUAUUUGAUGCAAAAGGUUGGCAAGAACUAACAAGUGGAAAUACUUCCUUUUAUGAGCUUCCUGGAGAUCACUUUUAUCUAAUGAAACCAUCUAAUCAAAGCUUCUUGAUAAAACACAUCACAAGAAGCAUAGAAAAUGCCGGUCUAUGAGUAUUUUCCUCAAUUUUAAUAGCAGAAUGUGUAGGGUUAGUCCACAGCAAUUUGUAAUAAGGCACUUCUUUCUCUAAAUUGCAUGCAGUUAUGCCUCAAAGUUGUUCUGUUCUUCCUCUGUAAUCCUUUAUAAGGGGGAGUUUUCCUGAUUUUUUGAAAACAAACAUUGGCUUUGAGUCUUUAAAAAGGUUUCAUCUUCUCCUUCUUCUCUUGCACAUGUACAAACUCUUCACUUUAUUCCAUAACCUUGUUUGCAAAAAAAUUACGUCUAUGUUAUUUUACUGUUAGAGCUUCUCUGUUUGUCUGCUCCUGUCAAAAUGCUAAAUAUAAUUUAAUACCCACAAAAAUCCAUAAUUCCCACGGAAAGCUUCAUUUAUUCAGUUCAAAUUUAUUUAGAUUA